AUGGCGUACCACGGCAGCUUACAAGAUUUCGGACUAUCCCAUAGACGAUUCAGAACCAACAGUUUACGUUCGGCAUCGAAAUCCCAAAGAACAAAAGCAGCACUCGAUAUUGCUAAUGCUCAGUUGGAAUUCGAAGAAGCGGAAACCGCACUAAGGCGUCGGUAUCGUGAGCAAGAACUAAAAGAUGAAAUGAGAAUGCUUUCCCUACGAGCCCAGGUGAGACGGCGGGAAAUUGAGGCUGAAAUUCAGGAAGACGCAUCUUUAUCGGAACACAACUUCACGAUUGAUCGCUACUUUAAUUCCAUGGAAGAAGGUAACGUUGAUACUAUUGAUGCACAUAAUCUGACAAAUUCCGAUCAUGUUUCUCAUCAACAUAUCAGUGCACAACAGCAACAUCAGAGUGAGCAACAGCGGUCACGCAUGAAUGCACAUCACCCGCAUUCCACGCAACAGCUUCAGCAAUUAGGAGUGUCAUAUGAGACGGAGCCCACUCAACCGAAACCGAUGUUAAGGACAAAUCAACCACAGCAGUUCCCUACGGCAGCCCAGUCGUCACAACCGUCACAGCUACCACAACCGUACAUUGUGCCAUCCCAUACAGAUCCAGCAAUGACAUUUAACACCCAUGCAACAGAAUAUACACCGAUGACAGCACAGUCAAUAGGUACGUCUACCAUAGAGCAACAACGUCAGCUUACCAUGAAUGACCAAGUAGCACACUUACUUCAACAACAACAACGUGCUUUACAAGAAAUCACGCUGAACCAAGAAAUGCCCAAACGUGAGUACUUGUAUUUCAAUGGUGAUCCCGUAUCAUACCCGACUUUCAUAAGAAACUUUGAGACUAAUAUAGAACAAAGAGUACCAGACUUUAGAAGUAAACUGUCAUACCUCAUACAGUACUGCACAGGUGAAGCCAAAGAAGCCAUAAAAAGCUGUGUCAUACUUGAACCAGAGGAAGGUUAUUUCCAGGCUAGAAACAUAUUACAGACUCAUUUCGGACAAAAACACAUCAUCAUCAAAGCUAUGUUGGAGAAAAUAGUAACAGGUCCUCCCAUUAAAGCGUCAGACGUUACACGAAUCUCCAAGCUCUCAAGAGACAUGACUACGUGCCAAAUGACAGCAUCCAAGAUGGGAUACUAUGAAGAUUUGAAUUCUAUGGAUACUCUGGAAAAAGUGGUCCGGCGAUUACCACAAUAUCUCCAAGCUGGAUGGGCCAAACGUUCCGGAAAAUUGUUAAAUCAGUGGAUUGAGGUCAAGUUCAAGGAUCUCGCAGAUUACCUGGAGGAAAUGGUACAUAUUGCCAACACAAGGUUCGGACAAUUGGUAGGAUCCAAGCCGGAUGUGAAACCUAAGUCAAAGGUCAGUUGUCACAACACGUCCUAUAAGACCACUACCCUAGCCACUAACGUUCACCCUGCCGAGAAAAGCAACAGUAACUCCAACAAGUCCCAGCCAUCGUCAGUCCAGAGAGACCCGUGUGUGUUUUGCUCUGGAAAUCAUACUAUCAAGCAAUGUUUCAAAUUUGCUAGAAUGAAUUACAGCGAUAGGAAAAUUUUAGUGUCGGAAAACAAACUGUGUUUCAAUUGUCUACAGUCCAACCCUCCGCACACUGCGAGGACGUGUCAAUGGAAACAAUUGUGUCAAGUCCCUGGAUGUGGCAAGCGACAUCACGCGUUACUACACCCACCCUGUGUACCUGCCAACAGCCCCGCACUGCAACGUGAGCCUGGUGCCAACGCUACGUCUGUUGUUACUGACCCCGUAGUUGCAGUCCAGAGUGCUGCGGUAGCGACAGGAAGAAGAAUCAGUCUACAGAUUGUCCCAGUGACCGUGAGCGGCGGCAAUGGUGGACCGAUUAUUGAAACUUAUGCAUUUCUAGACAAUGGAUCUGAUCACAGUUUAUGUUUACACAGUUUAGCUGAAAAGUUAGGUGCCAGUGGGAAACCUAUCCAGUACAGUGUCAGUACAGUUAACGAUGAAAGUUGCGUAAACCAAGGGCAAGAAGUACAGCUAGAAGUAAAAGCUAUCAAUAGCCAGCAAGGAUUGAUUCUAGAUCAAGUUUGGACGACCGACAGACUACCCAUCUGUGAAAAGAACAUUCCAAAUAACUCCGACAUUUCAGAGUGGAGCCAUUUGAAAGAUGUACGACUACCGGAGCUAGAUGACAAAACAGUUACCAUUCUCAUCGGUAAUGAUCACCCUGAAGCUCAUUGGCGCAUAGAAGAGAGACGAGGCGAUAAGAAACAACCGUACGCGAUCCGAACGAUUUUAGGAUGGACUAUAUUAGGUCCCACGAAAAGACCAAAUGAUGGUGACGUCACGGUUAAUUUCAUUCACGCAGACCAGGUACUCGGAUGUGACAAUUCUCUGAGAGGCUGCGAUUCCAUUUCUAUCCAACUAAGCAAGAUGUACAACAGUGAAUUCAGUGAAUCUUCAGUUAGCAGCAGCCAAUGCAUGUCGUUAGAAGAUAAGAAAGCGAAAAGGAUCAUGGAUGAAUCCGUGGUAUUUGUUGACGGACAUUACCAAGUUACCCUUCCUUGGAAGUCAGACGAGCUCUUACCCAAUAACAAGCCAGCAGCUGAAAAGCGCUUGAAUCUGCUCAAAAGACGUCUACGGCGUGAUGAAAACCUACGAGAGAAGUAUACUCAAGCUCUUCAGGAGUAUAUUGAUAAAGGACACGCUCAGAAGAUUGACCACAGAAAUCUGUAUAACAACAGCAAUUCUGUUUGGUACUUACCUCAUCACCCUGUGAUCAAUUCAAAGAAGUCCAAAAUUAGAGUUGUCUUCGAUUGUGCAGCGGAAUAUUCAGGCGUUUAUCUGAAUGAUUCCUUGUUACAGGGUACGGAUUUAACCAAUUCACUCAUUGGAGUUCUCCUUAGAUUCCGCCAGGAGAAGAUAGCCAUUGUUGCUGAUAUUGAGCAAAUGUAUCAUCAAGUGAGAGUGCACCCUGAUGAUCGUGAUGCCUUACGAUUCCUAUGGUGGCCGGCAGGAGAUCUCAGCAAACAACCAGAAGAAUACCAAAUGCCAUGUUUUGGCGCUACUUCCUCUGCAAGUUGUACAGUCUACGCUCUCCUCAAAAAUGCAGAAGAUCAUGGAAAGGACUUUGAUUUCCAGACCGUUGAAACUGACUACAGAAACUUCUAUGUUGACGAUUGCUUAAAGUCUGUAGAGACCGUCGAUGAAGCUAAGAAGAUGAUCACUCAGUUUACCUCAUUACUGCAGAAAGGUGGAUUUCAUCUGACCAAGUGGAUAUCGAACCAGGAGGAAGUUCUAUUCAGUGUGCCCACUGCAGAGCAAGCACCGUCGGUCAGAAAUGUAAACUUUGACAAACAGCCGAUAGAACAUGUGUUAGGCGUACAGUGGAACAUAGAAAAGGAUACAUUUGGAUACUGCGUCCGUGAAAGGGAUGUAAAGAAUACCCGCAGAGGUAUUUUGUCAUUUAUUGCAUCUAUAUAUGAUCCACUGGGUUUUGCAGCGCCACUUAUUCUCAAACCUAAACAGAUACUCCAAGAAUUGUGUCGGGAAGGCAUUGCGUGGGACAGUGACUUACCUGCAGAGGAUCUUAAUGCAUGGACACAGUGGAGAGAAGGAUUGGACAAUUUACAAAGAAUUGAAGUCCCAAGAUGCUACAAAUCAGCUCGAUUAGCAGAUAUUCAGUCCAUUGAACUUCACCAUUUUUCAGAUGCCUCCUUAUCCGGCUACGGCAUUGUUUCCUACUUGCGAUUUGUUGAUAUCACGUGUUGCGCCUCUGAAAACAGUGACUGUUCCACGAAUGGAGCUGACAGCAGCUACAUUGUCUGUGAAAGUUCACAAACAAAUGAUGGAGGAGCUACAACUGCCCAUUCAUCGUGUUGUUUUCUGGACAGAUUCUACGAUUGUGCUCCAUGGUAUCAUGUUGAUUCAGAUCAGAACCCAGCAGAUUACGCUUCGAGAGGAAUACAGCUCAGAAGUGAUAACGGUGAUGACAUACAACGUUGGUUACAUGGCCCAGCUUUCUUGUAUCAGCCCGAGAUACACUGGCCGAAACAACCAGAUAACCUACAUGAAAUUCCAGAAAAUGACAGAGAAGUGAAACGUAAAUCAGCUCAGAUACACGUCACUACGUCGUCGGAAGUAUCGGACGGUGUAGAGCGAUUGUUGCAUCAUUUCUCAUCGUGGUAUACUUUACAGAAAUCAGUUGCCUGGAUUUUGCGUUUCAAACGCUACUUACUGUCACGCGUGAGACAAUUGACAGGAGAUAGAAACAAUGGACCAUUAACAGUACAGGAAAUCACGCUUGCUACUGAUGCUAUCGUGAUGUAUGUACAAGCAAAAUCAUUUCCCAAAGAGUGCAACGUUGUAUCAUCUGCAAUGACCAAAAAACCUGAUUCCAAGGGAUACGUGAGCCCAUUGCGCAAGCUAUCUCCGAUCAAAAUUGAUGGGAUUCUGUGUGUAGGCGGACGUCUCCAGAAUGCAGCGAUAUCUACCUCACAGAAACACCCGAAAAUUCUUCCGCAUGAUCAUCACGUCACUGAAAUCAUUGUGCGACACUAUCACAUUAAAGAAGGACAUGUGGGAGCAUAUCACGUGUUAUCUGUGAUACGUCAAGAAUUUUGGAUAACGCGUGGAUUGUCAACAGUGAAAAAAGUCAUUCGCAAGUGCAUGGUGUGCCGCAGAUGGAAUGCAGUUCCCAGCAGUCAAGUUAUGGCCCCACUUCCAAAAAGUCGUGUGACACCAGGGAAGCCACCAUUUUAUUCCGUUGGUGUCGACUACUUUGGACCACUGUUAGUGAAAUGCGGAAGACGAACAAAUAAGCGAUAUGGUUGCAUUUUUACGUGCAUGGCGACUAGAGCAGUUCAUUUGGAGAUAUCAUAUAAUCUGUCAUCAGACUCGUUCAUUCAAGCAGUUUUGCGUUUCAUUAGUCGGCGAGGACCGCCGUGUGAAAUUUUCAGUGACAACGGGACCAAUUUCACAGGUGCUGAAGCAGAUCUAAAACGCAUUUUACAGCAGUGGAAUCAAGAAAAAAUCAGUGAUUCUCUGUUACGACGCAACAUUCAGUGGUAUUUCAAUCCUCCAAAUGCAAGCCACGCAGGUGGCGUAUGGGAGCGUUUAAUCAGAUCAGUGCGGAAAAUCAUGCGUUCAGUCUUGGGAAAUAGAUUGGUGGAUGACGAGACAUUAAUUACUGUACUUACUGAAGUUGAGAAAAUCAUGAAUGAUCGUCCGUUGAUCCGCAAAGCAGACCAUUAUUACGAACUAGAAACUUUGUCACCAAAUCAACUACUGUUGCUGCGUUCGAAUCCCUGUUUGCCCGCUGACAAUUUCACAGAACGUGAUCAAUAUAAUGAACAGUGGAAACACGCGCAGUUAAUUGCAGACCAAUUUUGGCAGCGAUGGAUUAAAGAAUACUUGCCAGUGCUUCAAGAACGUCAGAAAUGGCUCCGACCAGCAAAAAACUUUGAAAAAGGUGACUUUGUUUUGCUUAUUGAUGAAAAUGCCUUUCGCGGCCAGUGGCCUAAAGGACUGAUAGAGGAAACUUUUCCUGAUAAAUACGGACAUGUGCGCCAGGUGAUUGUUAAAACAGCCAAGGGACGCUUUCGCCGUGAUGUGCGAAAACUGUGUUUAUUGGAAGGAAAUUUUGUUUAAUGUGCAAUGCAUUUAAGUGACAAUGACUUUAUAAGACAUUUUUUGAGUAAAUUAAAUAGUGUUUAUAUUUGAUUAGAAAGGCUAUUUUGAAUCUUGAUUAAAUCGCCUUUCGGUGGCCGGUAUGUAAGGUUUAGUUUACUUUUGUUGUGAUUGAGGAGCCUGGUGUCCGGCUCAUCUAAUGCAUUCAUUUGCAUAAAUGACAAGUUUUCAUUCAGGGUGGUGCCCCAUGACUUUUGCACU